AUGAAAAGGAGUGCUUUACCCGGGUGUUAAAAGGUUACAUCGCGGUCAACACAGCAGUCUUCCCCAUUGGCACCAAAGGGCACCUGCUGGACACGCUGGCACGGAUGGCGCUGUGGCAGGUGGGCCUGGAGUACCUGCACGGCACGGGCCACGGCGUGGGCUCCUUCCUCAACGUGCACGAGGGCCCGUGCGGCAUCAGCUACAAGACCUUUGCAGACGAGCCCCUGGAAGCGAACAUGAUCAUCACAGACGAACCAGGCUUCUAUGAGGAGGGUGCCUUUGGGAUUCGCAUUGAAAAUGUUCUCCUGGUGAUCCCAGCCAAGACUCGGUACAACUUCAAGGACCGAGGCUCACUGACCUUUGAGCCACUGACCCUGGUACCAAUUCAGCUCAAGAUGAUUGAGAGAUCGUUGCUUACAGAGAGUGAGAUCUCCUGGGUGAACAAGUACCACGAACACUGCCAGGAGGUGGUAGGGGCUGAGCUGAAGAAGCAGGGCCGAGAGGAUGCCUUAAAAUGGUUACUUAAAGAGACAAAGCCUUUUUAAAUUUCACUCGAGGCUUAUAAAAAAAACACCCAUCUUGGAAAAUCGUCUAAUCCAGCAGGCAGUGAGUCAUCCCAACCAAUAUAUUUUCAACCAGAUUUUUAAAUAUUGCUGACCAAGCUAAUAAAUCAGCCAGCCAUGCAGAAUAGCCACUCUCUCUUGGCCAGAAAAAUAAACAUCAAGAAACCUGCACGUUAUGAGUGGAAAGUCCUUUAAAGAGUGGCUGUGAGUCAUCGUAACCAGCUAGCAUGUCAGCUCACCGAUCAAAAAUCAAGCCAGGUAACCAACUUACAAUCCAGACAUUCAAGGAUGUAACCUGACACUCAGAUGGUUAUCGAGUCAUAAAUCCAAGUGGCAACAGUCUUGUGCCAAAUGAAAACCAAAAAUGACCUUGAUGUAUGCUCCACUUUACCCCUGAAAUAAAGUUUGAAUGUGAACUUUUUACGAAUAUAUAACAAUCCUUACAUUGGUUGUACUGUGGCAAGUUGGAAUAAAUGAUUUAUUAAUCUUUGA